CAACAACAGUUAUUUUGUUUAAAAAUUUUGGCGGUGUUUAUUUUCAACGUAAGAUUAUCUGGUUUUGUUCUUAGUUUUGUAUAUAUAUAUAUGUAUAUCGCUUAAAUAAAAACUUUACUAUGUCACGACAACAAUGUGAUGAAAUGUAUACAGAAGCUAAUCGUUUGAAAUCAUUUCAAAAUUGGCCAUUUGGGGAAGAUGCAAAAUGCAGCGCUGUAAAGAUGGCUGAAGCCGGAUUUUUCCAUUGUCCAACAGAUAUAGAACCAGAUCUUGUUCAGUGUUAUGUUUGUUUCAAGGAAUUAGAUGGUUGGCAGUUAGAAGAUGAACCCUGGGAAGAGCAUUAUUCUCACUCAAAAGUAUGUCUGUUUGCACAGUUACGUAAACCCCAGAAAGAUCUUAAUUUUGAAGAAAUUCAUAAAAUUGAAGCUGCGAGAAAAAUAAAUAAAGUAAAAAAACUUACUGCUCAAAGGCUACAGAAGUUUGAAGAAGGCUAUGAAGACAUGGAUGCUUUGUUUUCAUCAGUUGUUGAAGAAAUUGAAGCUCAAAUGAAAAAGAAAUGAUGAUGGUAUUUGCCUGGCAGAGCAGCACUUUGUAAUUUUAUUGAAUUUUGAAUAUUUUAUCUUUGAGGUCCAACAAUCUCUCAUAAAGCAGAGAUUUACUGCCACACUACAAUUUACUUGAAGUUGAAAAUGGUUUAAGCAUGAUAUGUGGAAUUGCAGUUUAGGUACUAAUUUUAUCAAGACUGGCAUUUUGUUUUUUACUAUCCAUAUGUCACUAUAAAGGAAAACAUAAAUAAAGGCAGAUUGUUACAAAGAGCUUAUAACUUUUUGAUAUAUUCUGGACUAACUUUAAAGCAAUACUUUUUGGGGUUAUAUAUUAUUUGUACCAUGAAGGGAAUCAUAUAAUUAUUUUGUAUUAUAUAUGGAGUAUUAAGCUUUUGAAUGCUAUGAAUGAAUGGGAAAAUAUGGAAGUUCAUAUUGAUAAAAAAUUUGUUCACUUUUGUGUAUUUAGUGAAAGACAAGUAUGUACAACAUUUCUUUUAAUGUGGUCUUUAGAACUAUAAAUUGUGAAAGUUUUGACAUGGGAUAUAUUAAAAAAGGAAUUUUAUAUGUUUUAUUGAAUAUUAACGACAAACAAAUGUUUGUAUACAGCAGAAUUCAUUAAAAAAUAAUAAUCUGCUGCAUGUUAUUUUGUAUAUAUGAUCUUGAAGUUCAAGAAGCUGUUGGUUUUAAAGUCUAUGUUGCACAUAGUUUAAAACUAUUGAUUUAUUAUUAAAGACUAUUUCCUUGAUUUAAUCAUUUAAUAUUGUGGGGAAAUUGUAUGAUGUAUUUUGUAUAAAUUGUUUAGAAAUUUUUCUUUUCAUACUAUUUGUGAUGUUUAUGAUAAUAUAUUUUUUUAUUUGCUACCUGAUGUAGUUUGUUUUUCAUGGAAAAAUUAUAUUUUUUUCAUGUGUGUUUUAAAACUGUAUUCCACAGUAAUUCAAAAUGAAGAAUAAUUUGCUAAUUUUUGAAUUAUUCAACUAAUGUUCUCCAUUCUAAUAUGUUCAUUGCUAUGUAUGUAUACAUUAUCAGUUUAACUUGUACUCAAAUACUUUCCAUAAAUAAGUGCAAAAAAAUAAGUUUGCCUUUCGAAUUUUCAUCUUUAUGCAAAUUUGCUAUUUGUAUUGCCUCUGUUUGUUAUUCUGUUUUGCCAGAAUAUCAUAGCUAUUUCCAUAUUAUUUAUUGAUGAAACAACAAAGAGAUAGCAAUGAUGAAAGUUACUUCCUCAAAACAAAAGCUACUGUAAGCUAUACCAUGAGUUUAGUUGAGUAGCUGAUUACGGCAAAGUAUAUGAGGGUUAUUUGCUGAAGGAGGGGAAUGUGUUCGUUGAGGACUUUACUAAGUAAAGGAUAUGUCAUAAAAUAUAAUAAUGUCCUUGUUAUAUGCCACAACUGAGACUAUAUAGUGGUCUGAUAAUUAGGAUUGCUGAAUAACAUGGAAUUGUCAAAGACUGGUAUGAAAGCAGAUUCCACUGAAACAGUUACUGAAAUAGAUUCACUUAGUAAAAUACAGUAUUUUACUACAAAGAUUUUGUUACCUAUGAGAAAUAAAAAAAUACACAUAAUUAAGGCUGACUGAAAAGUAGUAUAUAAUUGUAUGUAUUCAUGCUUGCAACAGCAAAUUUAUUUCAUUGGAAAAUAUUCCAUUACAUUACACAUUGAGAUUCUAAAUUGAGUGAAAUGAAGUGAGCCACUGAGAUGAAAAUUCUAAAAUAGGAAAUAAAGAAACAUAUGAAUAGAUAUUAAAAAUAACAAUAAUAUGAAUGAUGGUUAGUACUAGGAUACUGGAAGAAAUUAAUAGCAAUGCUGUUAUGAAACCGCUGAAGAGAAUGCAUUUCUUAAUAAUAGACUAAACUCAUUUGAAACUAAAUGUUUUAUUAUUUCCAUAAUAAAAUGCCAAGUAAAUAAAUUUUCUUAAAGUCUCUAGUGUUAUAAAGUGUUGUAGUGUUCUGAAUCAUUUUUGAUGUGGCAUUUCACUGAAGUCUUCCACUCAAUCAUGUUAGCCUAAUAUUGCAAUUGAUGUUUUACAAAUAAAUAUAUUUAAAAACAGGUAUCCCUUCUAUAACAAAGUAGAUAGAUUCCUAGAAAACGUUAUGUUAUAUGAGAACAGCAACCAAUACAAAAUUUAGGGAUGCAUUCCAAAAACAUUUGGAGACAAAAUAUUUUUUAAUUAAAAAUAUAAACAUGUCUGCUAUAAAAGACAUAAUUUAACCAAAAAUUUUUGUUCUCAUUAGUUCAAGCUUUAAUAAAUUUUUUCACUGCUGUUCAGCACAAUGACACAAGAACAUUGUUUGGGUCAAACAAUAUCAUCACUUUUUGAAUCCAUUUCUUCAUUAGGACAUUUUACGUUUACUGCUCUUUUUAAAAAAACUUUGUUUUAGUCUUUUUCGUGCUCCUUUCAAGCUCAAUAAUUUAUUUCCUCACCACACAAGUUAAAUGUAAUAUCCAUCUUCUUGACUUAUCAUUUGUAGAAGAAUUACAGUAUGCUAGCUGACUUUACAUCUAGUUAUCGUAUGCAAAGUUGUAAUACAAACUGAGUCAGACAAACUAAAUUCUACUAAUAUUUAAUACUUAUCAAAACCAAGCUGAUCGUCAGGAGUUUGCAUGUAUUCUGACCAGCAAGUUCCACUCUGAUAGCAGAAGAUAGUGGCAGCAACCAAGUCAUACCUAUGCUCCUUCUCAUCAAUUCAGACUGUGCAGCUUGCAUUAAAAUUUACUUAAUGCUCUAGACCUAAAUUCUAGUACGUGACAAAAUAAAGCAUAAAGAAAAGAAUCAAUUUAAGGAGAUAUUUUUUGGGUCAAACAGUGUUAUCACUUUCUGAAGCCAUUUCUUCAUUUGGAUAUUUUGCAUCAUCUGCACUCUUUAAAAAAUCUUUGUUUUAGUCCGCUUGCUGGCCCUUUCAAGCUCAUAGUAAAUAGCUCAAGCUCAUAGUUACGUGGCAAUUUUCCAAAUCCCUUUUGAAUUUUCGGCUCAGGGUCUUCCUUCAAGAAAAUUGAUUCAAGAUUUAUUGUUAAGGUAAGUCCUUCCCAUAACUUUUUUACAGUAAAAUUAGUAACUUCGUAAUUUUCAUCAGAACUGUUGUCUUCAGAAUCAGUUAGAUUAAGAAUUUCAAAUCCAUUCCCACUAAAACCGUUUCAUCGAUAUCUUCUUCCACUUAUAAUUCUUGAAUUCCCUCAACAACUAUAUCCAUCAUCUGAUCAAUUUAGCACAUUCUAAUAUCUCCAUGAAUCUUAUUUUCUGGGGACUCAAACAAGCUUUUUACUGUUGUUAGCCAUAUCCUCUUCCAACAUUCAUUUUAAAUUCUUUUAUUGAAAGUGGUAUGAUUUUGAUAGAAGUUUUAAUCGAAAAUUUCUUCCAUGCUUUCAUUACUUGAUUUUUAAUCAGUUGUAUCUAAAAUCCAUUGAAAUGAUCAUCUUAUAUAAAUUGUUUUAACAGUAUAAAUAGUACAUUAAUCUAAAUGUUGGAUCCGUGAAGUAGAUUUUGGUGGUAAAAAUUCUACUAUGAUAUUGAGAUGUGUUAAGUUCAGUCAGUGAUCUGGAGCAUUAUCCAUUAGUAAUAGCACCUUGAAGUUCAAAUUUUUUUUUUUUUCCUUUUGCUUAUUUUCAACCACUGAUACAAAACAGUUGAAAAAACGACUUAAUUUAAUCUCCUAUCAACUAAGCUUUUGUUUUUGUUCUCCAGUGCACUGCUAAGAAGUUAUUUGCACCUUUAAGUGCACAUGAAUGGGGCUUAAAGGAUCUGUGAACUAGCUGGGGCUUUGUUGUAAAUUCUUCCAAUACAUUCCUGCAAAAAAGUAAUGAUAUGGGAUCUUCAAAUGCCUUAAAAUGGGAUUCACUUCUUAUUUUAUAAUACAAAGGUCGUAUUUUGGAUUUUUUCCCCACCAAUUCCCAGUUUCAUCAGCAUUAAAAACUUGAUGUAGUGAAUAUUCUAGCUUUGUAGUUAUCCUUUAAAUUUUUGCUGGAUAUGUAUUGGCAAGUUCAUGAUCAGCUAACAUGGAGUCUUCUUGAAUUCUUCUGCUAUCUGUUGCAAAAUGUGUUCAAUUCAAUAAGUGUAAAUGAAAUGCAGGACAAUUUUUUUAUAAUUUAAUAUUCUGUACAAGGAAGUCAUGUGAUGUGCACAUCAGCUUUUUUUGUCAUGUAAAAGCGAAACAGGGUUGCAGGAACUGUUAUAAAAGGAAUACCCAUUUUUCUAAUAUUUUGGUGCUCAAACAUGUCCCAGUGUAGACAAUAUUUUGUUUUACUACUUUUCUUUGUUCAUAUGUAUAAUGGAAAUAUUUAAAUUAUUAUAUAGUAGUCCUGUAUGUGAAUAAAAUUUAUUAAUAUUAUGUAAUAAGUAAAAAGCAUCCAGCUUAUUUUUUCCAUAAAGAAGAAACUUGCCAGGUCUGUUAAAUGUGCUACUUCCAAAAUAUUACUUUCUCAGAUGCCAUUUGCAGUAUAUGAAAUAUGGUAUGAUAUAAUGCAGAGUUGCCAACUCUCCCGAUUUAGGCGGGAGACUCCUGAUUUUCGACCGCUCUCCCGCCAACCCGAUUUACAAUAUAUUUCUCCCGACUUUUUCUUAUUCUUAAAAUUACUCA